CGACACCCCCUAUCGCCGCACUCCCUCCUCCACUCGCUCCCCCACCUACCCCUCUCGGUCUUGAUCUGGAUCGGGACCCGACCCCGCGCCACCGACGGCCAUGAUGGCCACCGUCGGUAGCGACACCGCCCCGCCACUCCGUCCCCAUCCCUCCCCGCCGGCGCCACCUCUUCAACGCCCAUCGCCCCUGCGACCUCGACCGCUCGCCGUCACGACGCCCUCCCACACCGGCGCCGCCUCGCUGCCCCCGCUGAAGCCCCCUCGACCCGACGCCCCCGACGGCCACCGGUCGCCUCGCCCCUCCCCAGGCCUCCGCUUCCCCUACAGCGACAUGAUGGAGCCGAGGAGAUGGCGUAUCCCGCCACCGAUGACUGCUACCCCGACGAGGCUUGCUACUACGUGGAGGUCGUUGAAGACUAGGAGUAGUUUAGGAGGUUCCCAGGCAGGAGGCCUCACCUCGUUCGAUCAUUGUAUCUUUUGUGCUAGACUUCUCUAAGGCACCUCAUGAUUAAUGUGUGUACUCAGAUAUUUUUUGCUUCUCCUGACUCGUGUGUUUAUCGAGCUUCUGUAUUCUAGCUCUUGAGGCCCCUGGCUUGUAAUAUGAAGCUUGUAUGUUUUAUUUGUGUCUAGAGUUGUGUUGUGAUAUCUUCCCGUGAGUCCUUAAGCUUGGCCGAAUGCAUUUUCGUGUAUGAUUAGAGUACGAUCAAA